GAUUCCCAGAUCUAUUAUAAAGUUAUUAAAGAAAUUGAGCCAGGAGAAGAGCUCUUGGUGUAUUUGAAGGAAGGUGGUUAUUCACUUGGGAACAUGGCGCCCAGCAUGGAAGAAGAGCACACGUUUCGCUGCGAGGACUGCGAUGAACUUUUUCAGUCCAAGCUCGACCUGCGGCGACACAAGAAGUACGCCUGCAACGCUGUCAGCUCCCUGUACGAGACCCUGAAUGACGAGAUCAAGCAAGAAGGUCUUGGAGAUGGACAGGUCUAUGAGUGCAAAGACUGUGAGAGGAUGUUCCCCAAUAAAUACAGCCUGGAGCAGCACAUGGUAAUCCACACCGAGGAGAGGGAGUACAAGUGCGACCAGUGUCCCAAGGCUUUCAACUGGAAAUCCAACCUGAUUCGUCACCAAAUGUCUCACGACAGUGGGAAACGGUUUGAAUGUGAAAACUGUGUUAAGGUGUUUACCGACCCCAGCAACCUCCAGCGGCACAUCCGUUCCCAGCACGUUGGUGCGCGGGCCCAUGCCUGCCCGGACUGCGGCAAAACCUUUGCCACCUCGUCUGGCCUCAAACAACACAAGCACAUUCACAGCACUGUCAAACCUUUCAUAUGUGAGGUCUGUCACAAAUCCUACACGCAGUUCUCCAACCUCUGCCGUCACAAGCGGAUGCACGCGGACUGUCGCACCCAGAUCAAAUGCAAGGACUGCGGCCAGAUGUUCAGCACUACCUCCUCGCUCAACAAACACCGGCGCUUCUGCGAGGGCAAGAACCAUUACAACCCGGGGGGGAUUUUUGCCCCUGGCCUACCCCUAACGCCCACUUCCAUGAUGGACAAAUCCAAGCCCUCUCCCAACCUCAAUCACGCCAGCCUGGGGUUUAAUGAUUAUUUUCCAUCCCGCCCGCACCCAGGGGGUCUUCCGUUCUCACCUGCCCCCCCAGCAUUUCCUGCCCUCACUCCGGGAUUCCCAGGGAUUUUCCCACCGUCUCUAUACCCCAGGCCCCCUCUGUUACCACCCACGCAACUGCUCAAAAGUCCCCUCAACCACGCUCAAGACGCAAAGCUUCCGAGCCCCCUCGGGAACCCAGCGCUUCCUCUGAUCUCUGCAGUCAGCAACAGCAACCAGGCCACUUCAGGAGAGGAGAAAUGCGAAAGCAGCCUGGAAAGCUCCUACCUGGAAAAGCUAAAAGCCAGGAACAGUGACAUGUCUGAUGGCAGCGACUUUGAGGAUGUCAAUACAACCACAGGCACAGAUCUGGACACCACCACUGGCACCGGUUCUGACCUGGACAGUGAUGCCGAGAGUGACAGGGACAAAACAAAAGAUAAGAGCAAACAAAUUGAGAGCAAGCCGGAUUUUGUCAGCAGCUCUGUGUCUGCCAGUUCCACCAACAACACGAGUGAGAUCCCUCUCUUCUAUUCUCAGCAUUCCUUCUUUCCUCCCCCCGAAGAGCACCUGCUGCCUACCGCGGGAGCAGCUAAUGACUCUAUUAAAGCUAUCGCCUCCAUUGCAGAGAAGUAUUUUGGGCCUGGCUUUAUGGGUAUGCAGGAAAAAAAGAUGGGUUCGCUCCCGUAUCAUUCCAUGUUCCCUUUUCAGUUCCUCCCCAAUUUCCCCCAUUCACUCUAUCCUUUUACGGAGCGGACCCUCAAUCACAACUUGCUGGUCAAGGCAGAACCAAAGUCACCCAGGGACCUCCACAAAGUAGGCAGCACCAGCUCAGAGUCGCCCUUCGAUCUCACCACAAAGCCAAAAGAGAUUAAGCCAAUCUUGCCGCCACCUAAGGUCCUGCCAGCCCCAUCCUCGGGGGAAGAACAGCCACUGGAUCUGAGCAUUGGCAACCGCAUCCGAGCCAGUCAGAACGGAGGGAGAGAGCCGCGGAAAAACCACAUUUAUGGGGAAAGGAAGCUAAUGGCAAGUGAAGUCUUACCCAAGAUUUCGCAGUCUCAACUGCCUCAGCAGCCGUCCCUGCAUUAUGCUAAGCCAUCGCCCUUUUUCAUGGACCCCAUAUACAGGUAUUAA